AUGUUCGCAAGGCAAAUGCCAGGAUACUUGACAGAAGCCACAAUGGCAGCUGGCGGACCACAUUAUACACCAGAGCACGGGGUCUUUGAUGAAGAAACUUGGGAACGACUCAAAAAGAUUCGUCGACUACGUGAACUGUUUCACGGUCGAUUCCCUGACCGGCAAUGUGGAACCUUGCUCAGACACUUCGAAUGGGAUUUGUCAGUUGCCGUUUCUUUCAUCCUGGACGAGGAACCGAGUGCUAUACGAGAAAUUAUAGGAGAAGAUGAGUGGCAAAUUGUCACUGUCCGACAAAAUAACGUUAUACGGGACUUGGCAAGACGAGACGUGAUUGGAGCAGAAAUCAGGCAGUUUGGAUGCAAAUAUUGUGACAAUAUGUGGUGGCGAAAAGUACCUACUAGAAAACCCGUAUCCAGGUGUAUUAUGUGUAAACGAAAGCGUGACGCAAUCCCGAGCGACCAAGAGUACGGGUGGGCAAAGUUCCAGUGCCCAUGUUCCAACGAAUUUCAUGCUUUUGGGAUGAUGGACAUAGGCAUUUUAGACAUUGGACUUACAGGGAAAAGCAAAUGUUUGUGCUGGCGAUGUAUGAUACAGCUCUGUGAACCGGAGUACAUUCUCAAACCACUCAAGAAUGAGCGAGGCCGCCGUGCACGGUAUGCACACGAGUGUACGGCAUUUAACUGCUACAAUCGAUGUCCGCAAAGGCAACCCAAUGAGCCUAUCGUUCCGUACUGUGUACAUCCUAGAUCCCUGCAAGUCCAGGUACCGGGUCAGGGCAGUGACAGCCAUGUUAGCACGGGAUCCACGGUGAAAACCUUUUUGACCCAAGAUGAAUUAGCACCACCGCACGCUCCUUACGAACCAAGUCUCGCGGAUAUAGACGAGACAAGGAGCGAGAGUAGCGGUCAUAGUGGCAGAAAUGGCGACAAUUUUUGAUUUCAUAUUUUUAACUGUGAUAUUUCCUUUUGUACAUAUCUUUAAAUUUAUCUAUUGUUUGAAAAUAAUACUUGAGCUUCGUUUUGCCUUUAAUGUAACUGUAAAUAAAUCAUAAUAAUUUUAUGUAUUAUAUGAGGAUUAUUAUGUUUCUGGCGCUCAAGCAUGUGUAAACCCUGCCGACUAACUUACACAUUGAAUAACAGAACAUAAUAUAAUUCCAAGUAAACAUGUUCCUACAAUAUGCUCAUGCUUGUAUGUAUCGUUUAGAAAUUUUAUAAGAAAGUAAUUGAUUGCUGUUUUUCCUAAUAUUGCUGCUGUCUGCGUCGGCUUUGACACAACGAAGAUAUAAGCGUUCGUCAAUGUAUGAACAUUAGAAUUUUCAAAAUAACAGGAUACAAUGUACACGUAGUCUUAAUUCAGGCUAUUUUGUGUGCAUCUUUAACCUUGUUUAUUAAUACAUCAAUGUUUUAUGUUGCUGCUGCUUUUUUCAAUCUUAAAAAAAGUUUUACUUAUCAUCAAAAGCACAAAUAAAUGAAAUGGUUGAUAUAU